UGCUGUUGACCCGCCCUGCUUCUUUAAAACCCCUCCAAAACUGGGGCAAGUUACAGAAAUAAAAACUGCACUGGGAUGAGCUGAUUGAAAAAAAAAAAUCUUUUUUUUUAUUUUUUGCGACAGCUGUGAAAGCUCCCGCUGUUUCGUCGCUGUGAGACCUCCUUCAUGGAGCUGAACCGGCGACUGCUGCUGGCCCACUGCGCGGCUCACGGCCUCUCCAUCGCGGCGGGGCUGUUGGUGGUCGUCCCGAUGGCUCUCAACGGCUCCGCCUUCAAGGGACGCUGCGCCCUGUUCUCUCUGGGCUACUGGAGGACGGAGAACCGGGCCGAGUUGACGGGACAGCCCGGGGAGGUGUCUCACCUGGUGGUGCAGAAGUGGGGUCCGCCGGAGGCCUGCCAGUUCGCCACAUUCGUGGGGAUUUUCACGGUGCUUUACGGGGCUGCGCAGGGCUGGAGGUGCCUCUUCUAUCUGCACGGAGGACAUGACGACACCCUGUUUUCAUCCUUCCUCACUGUCCUGAUGAGUGUGUGCGUCCUCUUCCUGUCCGGAGGGGCCAGCGUUAUUUUGUCUCUUGGAUUCAGUUCCUGGUGUGACACUGUGACGGACGACAACACGCGGCCCUACAGCUGUGCAGAGUCUCAGUCGGUCCCACUUUACCUCGAUGUCAACACCUCCACUUUCUUCACAGAUCUCAGUCUGGCUCAGGCGUCUCUGUGGUGCGUGACGGCUCUGUGGCUCGCUCAGUCCGUCCUGGCCUUCCUGCGGCUCUACCACUCUCACAACCAGCACAUGACCGGACCGUGUCUGCACCGAGACAAGGAGCUGCUGCUAGGAGGCAGCUCCUUGUCUGACUGCGGCUCUGCUUCGCCUCCUCAUCCUCCGGAAACUCCAACCAUCUUAGUCUGAAUUAGAGUGAGAGGUAGAGAUACAACUCCUCAUUAGUUCACUUCAAACCUCAUUUUGUUCACUUUGACCUCAGAUAGAAUCCACUUCCCAUUGUUUUUAAAUAUUCAGAACUUCCCAUUUAGCAAAGCCCGAUCAGUAACUCGUAUUUAUGAUUUGUUAGAUUCUAAAGCUUAAAGUCAGAAACACCAAAGAUGUUGGAGGUUGUGUUGUCAUUAAUUAGUCUGAACUGAACAAGUUUGACGCUUGUGUUUUUACAUAGAUACAGUUAUUGUUCUCAAAGAAAGAAUAAUUUGAUCUCAGGCCCCAGGCAAUGUUAAACAUAAAAUGUGACAGAAAUCAGACUUCAGGACUUGUUUCUAGAAUAAAAAGUAAAGUCUUAACAUGAAUGAAACAAAAAUCGUUGAUAUCUGAGGGAAAAAAAGGGAUUUAACAAAAUAAAACAGAAACAUGCAUCAGAUACUCUGAAAUAUCUAAUAUUCUAAUAGCCAGUGUUAUCCAAAAGCUUUUGCUAUUUCACUAUAAUUUUGUAAAUUGUUUUUAUUUAUACAUAUUUUAUUCAGUUUUUAUUUAUACAUAUUUUAU